AUGGCUUUAACACUUCGUUCUUCACUUUCUUUCAUUAACCAGAAAGAAACCAAAGUCCUUAAAACUUCUGCUGAUGUCUCUGCCACAAUCAGCUUUGCAAAAAUUAAGCCAUCUUUCCGUCUCCAAGUAAGUAAUUCCGUGCAAGAAGCACAUCACAUACGUGAGAAGGUGCAUGCUCCAUCAAUUGCUCAUAAACAUGAUGAUUCGAAGAGAGUACCCGUAUUUGUGAUGCUGCCACUGGACACGGUAACAAUGGGAGGACACUUGAAUAAGCCGAAAGCAAUGAAUGCUAGUUUGAUGGCCCUGAAGAGUGCAGGAGUUGAAGGGGUAAUGGUGGAUGUUUGGUGGGGUUUGGUGGAAAAAGACGGGCCUUUGAAGUACAACUGGAAUGCCUAUGUUGAACUUGUGCAGAUGGUACAAUUGCAUGGUUUGAAGCUUCAAGUUGUUAUGUCUUUCCAUCAGUGUGGAGGAAAUGUUGGAGACUCCUGCAGCAUUCCUCUACCCCCAUGGGUGCUGGAAGAAAUCAGCAGGAACCCUGACAUGGUUUACACAGACAGAUCAGGGAGGAGGAACCCUGAGUACAUCUCCUUGGGCUGUGAUUCAGUGCCUGUUCUAAAAGGAAGGACUCCCCUCCAAGUGUACACCGACUACAUGAGGAGCUUUCGUGACAGAUUCAGAGAUUACUUGGGCAGUGUUAUAGUGGAAAUACAAGCGGGGAUGGGUCCUUGUGGGGAGCUGAGAUAUCCAUCUUAUCCAGAAAGCAAUGGAACUUGGAGGUUUCCCGGAAUUGGAGAGUUCCAAUGCUAUGACAAGUACAUGAAAGUGUCCUUGAUAGCGGCAGCGGACGCCAUUGGAAAGAAAGAAUGGGGAACAAGUGGACCCCAUGACUCCGGCCAGUACAAUCAAUUUCCUGAGGAUACUGGAUUUUUCAAAAGGGAAGGAACAUGGAACUCUGAAUAUGGACGGUUCUUUCUGGAAUGGUACUCCAGCAAAUUGCUGGAACACGGUGAGAGGAUCCUUUCUUCAGCCAAAGGAAUAUUCCAAACAUCAGGGGUGAAAAUAUCUGGAAAAAUUGCUGGAAUCCAUUGGCAUUACAAAGCAAGAUCCCACGCAGCUGAACUAACUGCCGGCUACUAUAACACACGAUAUAAUGAUGGGUAUCUACCAAUAGCAAGAAUGCUAGCAAAACAUGGGGUCGUCUUCAAUUUCACCUGCAUGGAAAUGAAAGACAGAAACCAGCCUGAGCAUGCAAAUUGCUCACCCGAAGGGUUAGUUCAGCAGGUAAAGAUGGUAACAAGGACAGCCAGAGUAGAACUUGCUGGGGAAAAUGCAUUGGAGAGAUAUGAUGCAGAUGCAUAUGCUCAAGUUUUGUCAACAAGUAGGUCAGACUCCGGCAACGGAUUGAGUGCAUUUACAUAUCUAAGAUUGAAUAGGAAGCUGUUUGAAGGCGAUAAUUGGCGGCACCUAGUUGAUUUUGUAAGAAGCAUGUCAGAAGAUGGUAACAUACAAAGACUUUCAGACUAUGAUUCCAAAGGGAGUGAUGUUUAUGUUGGGCACAUCAAAGAGACUCAGAAGAAGCACAAACAAGAGGUUGCUCUUGUGUGAACGUAUACAUAUAUAUAUAUAUAGAUUAGCAUGUUCAGGAGUCAUGGUGUAUAGUUAAAAGCAUCAUAAGAUAAUUUUUACAGGAAAAGGGAAGAAGGUAAUAAAGAGAUAGGAAUUAUGAUGUGUAUACAGAGAGAAGAACAAUGGCAUAUGCCAUGCCAAAACCUGAGAUA